AUGUGGGUGUGGCUUCGAGAGCAGCAGCGGCCAACCAGCGUUAUCCGUAGCCGUUCCAGCGCCUCACUUCCUUCAAUACAGGAAUAUCUGUUAUUCCUGAAUCAGCGGUGUGUAACCCUAGAGUCCAUUGAGACAAGAUCUAACUAUGGCAAGGUUGCACUGUCAAGCCCAUAUGCCACCAACACCAAACAAUUAGCACCAAAAAAGAGAUGUUACAAAACCGCCUUUGCAGCUACUGACAAAUCAGUUUCAUCAUGCACGUUAUGCAACGGCCAGCAUGCGUUGUACGCUUGCCAAGGAUUUUCGGGAAUGCCCGCCAGCGAAGAGAACACGUGA